GGUCCCGGCUGGGGACACUGCUGGGGGGAAGCUCGCAGCUUUUCACCGGCCUUUGCCAUGGGGCCUUGCUAGCCGUCACUCUCACCCCCUAGCACAACCCUCCCCCCCCAGCUGUGCCCAGGCCUCCCAUCCCCAUCCCAAUGCCCAGGCCAGGGGCAUGAAUGGCUCCAUUCAUCCGCUGCCGCCCCCCGCCCCCGGGAAUCUGGGGCUGCUGCUAGUUCAGGUCCUGCUUUGUUCUCCCACCCACGGGCCACCCUGGACCCUGCGCGCUGGGUCAGGGGAGACCUCAGCCUGUCUGCCUGCUGUGAGCUUCCCUGGAGCGGUGCCCCAGCUGGAGACCCCAGUGUUGCGAACUUCCUGCAGCAGUGCCCCCAGCUGGAGACUCCAGUGCUAUGAACCUCCCCACAGCAGUGCCCCAGCUGGAGACCCCAGCGCUGCGAACUUCCCCAGAGUAGUGCCCCAGACAGGCACCCAGGUGCUGUGAGCUUACCUGAAGCGAUGCCCCAGCUGGAGACCCCGGUGCUGCGAACUUUCCUGCAGCGGUGCCCCCAGUCGGGGACUCCAGUGCUGUGAGCUUCCCCGCAGCAGUGCCCUGACGCCCCAGGCUCAUGUUCUGUUCCAGACGUGGGCUGGGCUGGCCGGGAGCCAUGGCCGAUGGGGAACGUCCCAGGAGCAGCCUGAGCCAGGCCAGCAGCGUCCUCACCAUCUCCUCCGUCAGCCUGGGGGCCGCCAAGCCAUCACGCUCCCUGCGGAGGGUUCACACCUUUGGGAAAAGGGAAAAUUCCAUCAAGCGGGACCCCAACGCUCCCGUUGUCAUUCGGGGCUGGCUCUGCAAACAGUUCACAGACCGGGUUUACCCCUCCCUGGGGGCCACCCCGCCCCGCGCCCGUCUCCACGGCCGAUUGAUCUCCCCACAUUCGGCCUCCUCCGGCUACCUCCACCUGCCCCCGCUGCCCCCAGUCACCAGCCGCCCCCUAGGGAAGAGGACCUCACUGGGAGCUCCGCCCCGGACCGUGGCCCCUCUGUCCCGGGACAGGACCCUGCUGGCGCUGCCCAGGGCUGAAAGUGACACCGAUAUUCUCCUGACUAAACUCUGCGGCCAGGACAAGCUGCUUCGGGGGCUGGAGGAGGAGACGGGGCAGCUGCGGGCUGAGAAGGAGAGGCUGGAGAAGGCCCUGGAGCUGCUCCGGCACCAGCUGCACGAAUGCCAAGGCCAGGAGCUGGCGGAGGAGAAAAUCUGGUACCAGCAGAGGCGGCUGCAGGACGAGCUGGUGCAAGUGAGAGCCCGGCUCUGCGACCUGGCACUGGCUGUGCCAGCUGGAGGCCGGGAAGAGGACCGAGCAACGAGGGGAGACGCCUGGGGCUCCUGGCCCCCCCAGAGCCCCUCUAGAAAGGGGGCCGGGUCCCCCGGGCUGGACAGAGGGCGCCCCCUGCAGGAGACGGAUGUCGCAGCACCAGGUCUCAGCUCGCUUCCAGCCACCCCCCACUCGCCCCAGAGCCCCAGCCCAGGCCCCCAGGAGCCCCAAGAGCAGAGAACUGAGGAGCUGCCAGCCAAGGCGAUCACUAUGGACCCCCCUGGUCCCCACCGGGCCCGGAUGAGCGUCCAGGAGCAGCUGGAGCGGAUGCGCCGGCACCAGGAAGGCCAGAGGCAGCAGGGGAGGGGCAGGCCGAACCCCUGGGGCUCCCAGCAGGGCUCGCUCCGGGCCAGCGCCAGCCGGCUCCCUCUUCCGACUCACCCCUCCGACCUUGGGCCAGAGCCGACUCAGACCCACACGGAGCCACCACUGAAGGGGGGCCAGACCAGUGGGCCCUGGGGCUGGUCUCCCCCACCCCUCGAGAGAGACCGCCACCGGGUCAUCACCCUGGCGUACGCACUAGCCACCGAGGCUUCCGAACGCAGCAAACUCAUCACAGGGAAGAACCCGCCUGAACCCCAGUUGAGGGCCAAUCCGGACCCACCCCCAGGGCCGCUGGAUGCAGUGACCAAUCAGCACGUGCUGUUUACUCCCACACUCCCCUGGGGGCACCCAGAAGCCAAUCACGUGGAGGCAGAACCAUGUGGCCCAGCCAAUCGGAACACAGCAUUUAGCAGUAAUUCAGUGCAGCAGGCAGGAGCGGCCAAUCAGGCAUCGUCUGUUGCUGAGCUUUCCAAUUGGUUCUCACCAUUGCCUGAAGCAGCCAAUCACUCAGCACGCCUGUCAGAAGCAGCCAAUCCAACAUCGCUCCUGUCCAAGGGGUCUCAUUGGGCACCCCCUUUGCCCACAUUGGCCAAUCAGACAUCGACCUCACACGAGACAUCCAAUCGGGAGUCGCCUUUGCUCUGGGCCGCCCAAAAGGAAUGUGGGGAUUGGGUGGCAGAGCAAAGAAUUGUGGGUAACAAAGGCGUGGCCAAUGGCAGGUGUCAGGGGUGGGGCGGGCGUGCUGUGCCCAGACAGGUGGUGGCGUACCUGGGCGAGGGGAGCCAGCCAAUCAGGAUCACCCUACUGCAGUCCAGCUUCUAGCCCAUUGGCUGAGAGGCAGGGUCAAGUCCCACCCCCUCUGCCACGUCCCCUGGGGGGGGCUUUAAGGGGGGCUCAGAGGUUUGGGGUUCUGCUCCCCCCCGCCCUGCUGGUGCCCCUCACUCCCGACCCGCAGCCCCCUGCUCGCCCAGCCCUGGGCUCCCCCCUGCCCUG